AUGGACGUAGCAACCAUGAAAGCGGAUAAUGCCAGUCUACGCAAGAUUCAAUCGAAAUUAGUGCAGUGGGAAAUAAAAGAAAAUCCUCUCGCUCCACUCAGUACUACGCAAUUGGAUUUCAUCAAUCGUCUCACGGAUCUAGCGAAUGGCAAUGUGGCACUCUCCAGCGGGGGUACUGGUCCAUGCAUUGAAAAAGAAUGUGAAACAAACGAUGAACUCCCAGCAUCUUUGGAGCGAUUUAAACAAUCGCCUUGCGUCAUUGAUUCGACUCAAAAUUUCCUUUCCUGGUAUAAUUCUAUCGAUGCCGAAAUUCUGGAACACUUCGAUGACGUUUAUCUCGAGUACUACGAACAACUGCGUUCACGUGCCGGCGAGUGUGACCAAAUGCUGCAAGAAAUCGACGUAUCGCUUGAUUCACUGCACAAACUAAGAGAAGAAUUCAAUUUUGUGUCGGAAAAAACGUCUUCACUGCAUCAAGCGAGUGAAAGUUUGCUACAAGAUCAGACGCGACUAAGUGAAACAGGAGAAGAGAUAAGAAAACGCUUAAAGUACUUCACGCAAGCGGAGAGCAUUUCUCAGCGGCUGCACAAUCCGACGUUUUCCGUGUCAAACGAUACUUUCGUCGACAUGCUCAACACGAUAGACGAUUGUCUCGAAUACAUGAGAGUUAAUCCGUCGUUUAGCGAGGCAUCGGUUUACAGCAUAAAGUAUCGUUCCUGCCUGGCAAAGGCAACGCAAAUGAUGAAGACAUAUGUUGUGGGAAUACUUUCCAACGCUACCGCACAGGUUCUCACACCAAAAGGAUCCGGCGUUCCGCGAUCUUUGGAGACGCUCGACCAACAAAAAGUCGGUGAUCGCACGGCAGAGACAGCAUUUGCCCUUUUUUAUGGAAAAUUUCAAGCAUCCGCUCCACGCGUUAAUCGUAUUUCUUCCACGAUCGAGGAUCGGCUUGAUCGUAGUCCAGAUUACGAACUAUUGUUGGGCGAGUUGCAUCAAAACUAUCUAACCCAGCGAGCAGCGAUCAUGAGUUCAGGCGUCGAUCAAGCGAUUAAAGAUUUGGCAAAAAAGCACAAAGGCGAUCAUUGUGCGCUGGUUCGAUCCGCCUGCUCUUUUAUGGUUCACAUCUGUCAAGACGAGCAUCGGUUGUUUUACCAGUUUUUCGCCAAACCCAGCGUUCAGCUAAUUGUUUACAUGGAAGGAUUGUGCACCAUUCUUUACGAUACAUUGCGGCCCUACAUAAUUCGCAUUGAUCAUUUGGAAACACUAGCAGAAAUCUGUAGCAUAUUAAAGGUCGAAAUGCUUGAUGAGCACGUCACGUAUAGCCCGGACGCACUUGAGGCUUUCGCAAAAAUCGUAUACCAAUUGCUGCAGGAUGUGCAAGAGCGGAUCGGUUUCCGAGCGCAAAACUACCUGGAGUCGGACAUUCGAAACUAUCGUCCCUCGGCCGGCGAUCUUGCCUAUCCGGAGAAGUUGGAAAUGAUGGAAAGUAUUGCGCUAUCGUUGCAGGAGAACACGCACCACACACAUCAGCUUUUAAGACGGGUGGAUUCGCGUAGUUCGAUUAUGUCCGGCGUGUCAGUUGGUUCGCUUGAUACGACGCCACCUUCAGCCAUCGAACAAGCGCUGAAGGUGCGCUCAAGCAACUCCCCGGCUGAUAUGCAUGGCAUGUGGUAUCCGACCGUACGACGCACGCUGGUAUGCCUGUCGCGGUUGUACCGAUGCAUCGAUAAGUCCAUCUUCCAGAGCCUCUCGCAACAAGCGCUGGCCCACUGCAUUUACAGCGUUUCAUCGGCCGCCGCUCAGAUCGCCCAAAAUCGCACGAGCAUCGAUGGUGAGCUGUUUGAGAUAAAACAUCUGUUGAUUCUGCGCGAACAGAUUGCACCGUUUCGUGUAGACUUCACCGCAAAGGAAACGAGCCUCGACUUCAGCAAGGUGCGCACUGCCGCAUACGAGCUGCUGCAAAAACGAAAGCAGCUCUUUUCUCUCGGUUCCAACAAUGCGCUGUUGGAAUUUCUACUCGACGGCACGCCUCAAGUUCGCGAGCAGCUGCUUGAUUCGCGAAAGGACGUUGACCGACAACUAAAAAUGAUCUGCGAAACGUUUAUACGGGAUGCGAGCAAACAGCUCGUUGGACCCGUACUAAUGUUCAUUGAAGCGGCACAGAAUCACCUGCGCAAUCACUCCGAAGGAUCGAAAGCAUCAACAGGGGGAGCGGUAGCAGGGACUACCACUUCACCAGAGGGAGGACAAUCCUCGGGGAUGGCCUUACGAAUGGCGCCUUUUGCUGCACCACAACAGAUCAGUUCUAUUAUCCAGGAGUGCCUGAGAAAUAUUAAAUCUAAGCUGGCUGGACUACAGCGAUCAAUGCAGCUGUACUUAGCUAAUAAGGAUACGGAAUUCAUUCUUUUUCGACCAAUUCGGAACAACAUCAUUGGAGCAUUCGUCAAGUUGGAGCAGAUUCUGAUGCUGAACGCCUACACGAAGGACGAUCUGACGAUAGUGAGUUGUCCAUCUGCCGAACAGAUUUCCGUGCUCCUAUCUAGCGUCAACCUUGCUAGCGGUGGAAAUAGUGAAUCGAUUGUCCCUUCGUUUGGCAAUGCAGAUGUUCGGAGAAAAAUCAGCACCUCCUCGUCGAUCGGCAACAGUGAUGCAGCACAACCGUUAAAAGCACCGAUCGAAAAAAAGGUCAGCUUUGACAGUGGCGCCAAUACGGUGGUGGAGAUAGAACGCCUGGAGCAGAGUGAAGUAGAGCUGGAUCAAAAGGUGAGUUUAGAAAAUCAGGAAGCAAGGACAACUGAAAACGCCCCUACUGAGUAACUAUCACCACAACGGGGACAAACUAUUAUAUUCCAUAUGGUUAAAACCUGCAGCAUUAUUUCGUUAUUGCCACACUUAUAUUAACAUAUACUAUUACGAAACAAUUAUAAAUUCAGUUUUUUACAAAUGCUUCUACUGUAUUCGUACGAAUUAUUUAUAUAACAAAAUAAUAGGCUCCAGCAAAUGUAAUAAUCCUGCGUCUGUUAAGUGUAUGUUAACGUUAUUCUUACCAGUUCCAAUAUUACAGGCCGUCGUAGCACUAUGUUUUUAGUUAUUCUCAUAGAAGAUAAUUUCCGUUGAUAGUUUUAGAUGAAAUA